GGUCAGAGGGGAAGAAUCCAACUUCUUAGAACAUGGCAGGCAAGAAAGUUCUCAUUGUCUAUGCGCACCAAGAACCCAGGUCUUUCAAUGGAUCCUUGAAGAAAGUGGCUGUGGAUGAACUUGGCGCGCAGGGCUGCACUGUCACCGUUUCUGACCUGUAUGCCAUGGACUUUGAGCCGAGGGCCACCAGGAAAGAUAUCACUGGUGCUGUCUCUAAUCCUGAGUUCUUCAGUUAUGGGGUGGAAGCAUACGAAGCCUGUAAAAAGGGGGCUCUGACCAGUGACAUAAUUGACGAGCAGAAAAAGGUUCAGGAAGCUGAUCUAGUGAUAUUUCAGUUCCCGCUGUACUGGUUCAGCAUGCCGGCUAUCCUGAAGGGCUGGAUGGACAGGGUGCUGUGCCAGGGGUUUGCCUUCGACAUCCCAGGAUUCUAUGAUUCCGGUUUCCUCAAGAAUAAGUUGGCCCUCCUUUCAUUAACCACGGGGGGCACAGCCGAGAUGUACAUGAAAACUGGAGUCAGCGGAGAUUAUCGAUACUUCCUAUGGCCCCUCCAGCAUGGUGCCUUGCACUUCUGUGGAUUUAAAGUCCUUGCCCCUCAGAUCAGUUUUGCUCCCGAGAUUGCAUCAGAAGAAGAGAGAAAGGCGAUGGUGGCCUCCUGGGCCCAGAGGCUGAAAACCAUCUGGGAGGAAGAGCCCAUCGACUGCACGCCUCCGUGGUACUUCGGGCAGUAA